UGUUUACUUCGUUACGUGCAGACGUCAAAGCGCAUACAUCGUAUCCCGGCAUGCAGCAGGAGGCCGUUGAGAGAUCCAGCAGCUGGUAGUGAGUUGCUCGUUCGCCCAGCAGGCAACAGCCAACGGUCAACACAGCACACACAUUUCCCACUCCAUGUGAGAAAAACGGAGCCGUCUACCUUACAGGCGACUGAGAAAUAUGCUGUUCGGGCGCCUGGCGUGUUACCGCAGCGGCUUUUGAGUCAUCAUUGUCACACCGUUUUCAUUUUGGAGGAUUCCUCCCUCCAUCCACCGGAUCGCACCGAACAGGCAAUGACAACGGUCUCAGCAACCCCGCAGCAGAUGAGGGACCGGCUGGUGCAGGCCAUCGACAGUCACAGCAAUAUAUGCAAUAUGGUGGCUGUAAUGGAGGUAAUUUCCGGUCUUGAAAAGUUUCCUAUCACCAAAGAAGCACUUGAGGAAACUCGACUAGGAAAAUUGAUUAAUGAUGUAAGGAAGAAGACCAAGAAUGAAGACCUUGCUAAGCGUGCUAAGAAACUCUUAAGGGCCUGGCAAAGGCUGAUUGAACCUGGGCCAGCUGUGGCUGCCACCGCCCCUGGGUCUACCAAUGGCAGUUCUCAUCCCUGCAGAACAGAUGCCUCUCCUCCUGACAUUUCUGUGUCAGGGAAGGGUGUCCCUGAAGUCAAAAUCAGAAACGAUGUUCACAACACAUACUCGCCAAAAGCUGAGAAAUCAAGCAGCCGCAAACGCCGGGCAGAGAACAGAGACAGUGGAGUGCACUUACCAGAAAAAAUCUCCAAGUUGUCUUCGUUUGAUAACUCAGUUUCCCCACCUCCCACCAAUGGGAUUGCAGGCAGCCCUGACGCCCUGCCUGACCAGCAGGUCAUCCCGUCUCCUGACAGAUCUCGGAUAGAGCACCUUGAUAAUGAUAAAAUCAACCGAAUUCCAGUUAAUGCUGUCAAGCCUCGCCCAAGCUCCCCUGGAGUGGCCAAACUACCUAGCACUUCCUCUAUGAUCAAAGUUGCUGUGAUGCAGCAACAGGCUAGAUUGGAUGAAGGAGGAGGAGGAGCAGGGUAUUAUCAAGCCAAAAGUCCCCGUGGCCUCACUACCAGUCCAAGGAGCAUGAAGCAAGACACAGUGACCAAGCGCCCUUCAGCAUAUGCACCUAAAGGAACACCUAUCCCAAGCCCUUCCUCUAGGGACUCUCCCUUGUCUUUGUCCCAGCCUCUAUCCUCCUCAACCUCCUCUACCCAAGCAUCUUACGCUGACAAGCUGCCACAUUCUUCUCAGAGGCCUUCAAUGCAUUGGCCAAGUUCGUCAGAAGUCCCCUCUCAUUGCCCACCACAAGACAUAUCUGUAACACUGGAAUCCCCGUCAGUAUCCCUUUCACCCUCUCACCCCCAACACAACACAAAACUACACAGACCGACAUCUGAGGGAACCGUUACUGUGUUUGAUGAGACAGACGGGACAAGUGUUCCCAACUCGGAGCAUAAGCGAAGGAAGUACAGGCCAAGAGACUACUCUGUCAACCUAGAUGGCCAGAAAAUAGAGGACACGACUAAACCUGUACGGUUAAAAGAACGCAGAUUAACAUUUGACCCUGUCACCGGUCAGAUCAAACAUCUGGUACAUAAAGAACCUUCUCAAACAGAGGAAGCCCCCACUCCUGAGUCUAGGCAGAGAACUGAAAGCACUGUACAACAGCCCGCUGUCCCGACCCCAGUCCCAAUAGCAGUCCCAGCCCUGGCUCCGGCCCCUGCGCCAGGUCCCAGCCCUAACCCUUUCCAUCAGACAAACUGGAAGGAGCUGUCCAGAAAUGAAAUCAUCCAGUCCUACUUCAACCUUCAGAGUAAUGCGCUCACCUCCUCUGGGGUCCAGGCCCAAAGUGCACACUUUUUCAUGUCAGAGUAUCUGAAAAGGGAAGAACAGGAUAUCAAGGACUCACGGAAGAUACAUGUUUUGCAGACUAACAGCUCAGUAGGAGAUUUACCGGGCCUGAGCCGUGAGGUGACGGACGGGGAUCUGGAAAGGGUACAAACACAGCACUGGCCGGGGGUGAACGGUUGUUAUGACACAGAAGGCACCUGGUUUGAUUGGACAGAGUGCAUAUCAUUGGACCCUCAUGGGGAUGAAAGCAAAUUGAACAUCCUGCCAUAUAUUUGCCUAGACUGAGGGGUUUGGGAAGGUUGCUGUCCUUUUCCACUCCUUUCGCCGUCUCCCCACAAAGACGAGAUACUUUGUGAUUUUGUUUGUCCACUGUGAGUUCGGCAAAAGCCAGGCCUGCUAAACUCCCUCCCCAUGCCUCUUCCUCCUUUCUGUGAUAAUCUAAUGAGAUUUUGGUAUAAAAAAAAGAGUAAAGAUUAAAAUAAGUUAAGUUUGUAAUACCAAGGGCUGUUUCUGUUUUAUUUUUCAAAACUGAAAGCCACAGGAAUGACGAGGCCCUAGUUACAGAGUGCUGCUACUAACACUGAAGGCAAGAAUGCGAUAACUGAACUAUCCCAGACAACCGGAAAUGGUGUUAUGUGAAUUUUUGAUGUUCUGAAUCGUACCUCUAUUUCAGGCUCACUGGGAUGAUGCUGUUUUUUUUUUUUAACCUUCUAGUUUCUAAUGAGGAAUUACAAUCUAGGGUUAAGUUUGAGGGACGGCCCGGGUUUAGCUGUCCUGUCCAGGCCGCCAUGUUGGUGCCCAGAAAGGUGUUGGUAGAUCUAGCACAGGUAGAGCCGAACAUGUCCAGAGUAUUGGAUCAUAUUUGGUAAUUACAAGAAGCUUUAUGUGAGAUAUAAAGAGUAAAUUAUAAAUUUCUUAUCAUGUAUACAUCUAUUUAUUUUGACCUGUUCAUUUAUGGGACGUUCAUCCAAUCAGACGUUCAGAAACCUAAUAGAUCUGUUUUGUUUUCCACUGUUAGCAUCACAACGCUGUCAACCUGAGCUUCACUGUUAAAGGGGCAUACAAAUCUUUUCGCAUGGUCUUUCUUUAAGACUGGCCGAUGCAUUUGGUCAUUAACAUUCCAUACUCUACUUUCACUCUCUGUCUCAUCACACAGCUCCUGUAUGCCAUCUUAACUCUCAAGAAGAAAUGGAUCACAAAAGUCUUUGGGUUUCAAAAUGGUUUCAUCAAAAAUAGUGUGGUACUAAUUAAUUCAGCUAAAGUGAAAAAUUCCCGCUUCAUACUAAUUCUCUCCCAAGCUUAAAAUAUUGAAUGUCAAAUCAGAUGGUGCUGAUCAAUAAUUACAUUUUAGAGACAAACAGGGAAAUUAUAUGAAUGCUGGGACUCACUUCGUUUCCUUUACUUUAGAUAUUUUUUUGCCUUCUGGAAGUCCAUCACAAUAUUUUUGAGUUAAACAGCCUUGGUGAAUGUACAGGACCUUUUGCACUUAUUCAUAAGUUGACAACUUUUUGGUCAUUUCAUCACUGACUGAAUUUCAAAUGUGAAUAGUGACUGAUGCUCCCACAAUCUAUGUGCUCACAGUUUAUUCAGAUUUUUUUGAAUGCCGUUUAGAAAACAUUUCAGAUGCCAUUUUUAGGAGCAUUUCUUUUGCCGCAAUUUUGUCAAUAAGCAAACAAACGGAGAUGGAAAGUUGUGCAUCAGAUAUUCAUGGCAUUUUCCAUGUGACAAGCUAAUAUGUGAUUUUGAUUUCCCUUUAUACUCAUCAGUCACUACCACUUUUUCCUCACAUGACUUAAAUUAAGAGUGGCUUCUGCGCAGCCUCUGUCCAGUCUUUCUUUCAGUCAUUCAUCCCUACCAAUGUGCCUUGGUAAAUGGUAAAUCUGGAUUUGCUUCCGCAUAAAACAUAAACUGUCCAUGGAGCUGGGUGUAUGUGCCAGAAUUGCAAAUCCCAUGAUCAAUACGACGCUGUUAUAGGCCCCGUUUCUGUUACUUUUUGUAUACACUGAUCUAGAGGGUGAAGCUGCAGACGAUGAGAAACUGCAUAACAACGCAGCUGGCAAUAAAGAAAAAGUGCUACAACUGGUUGAUAAGGAUAUGUUUUCUGGAGUUUUGACAGGGGCGUCUUUAUUUGUUCAGUGUCUAACAUCUCAAUUGUUUGAAAAAUAAAAUGAUCUAAAUCUUCAGCUCA